AUUUGGACGUCAUCUUACUCUGGACUAUCAAAAUUCACAAUAAAAUUUAAAGCGUUCUACAUUUAGUAAACACACAGGCGGUCAUUUGGUCGUGUUUCGGCCCUAAAUUAUUUAUACACGUUGAUUUAAAGGUGGAUCGAUGGACGGAAAGCUGAAAGUAUGCAUCAUUGGCGCCGAGGGCUGGGGCUCGGCCAUUGCAGCCGCCGUGAGCAAUAAUGUCUUGAAGGGUGACUUCGACAGCCGGGUCCAUAUCUAUGUCUACGAUGAGAUGAUUCGGAACAGCGUCCUAUCGGAGGUCAUAAACAGUCGUCAUGAGAAUAUCAAGUAUCUGCCUGGGAUCAAGCUGCCCACAAACCUGAUCGCUGUUAAUGAUCUAUUGGAAGCUGCCCAGAAUGCAGAUAUCUUGAUAUUUUCCACGCCCCACGAGUUCGUCAAAUCCUACUGCAACAUACUGUCUGGAAAUCUGAAGGAGUCUGCCUUUGCCGUGUCCAUGACCAAAGGCUUGAUGCGCGUGCGGGACGAGGAGAUUGGGCUCGUGUCGCACACCAUCAGCGAGCGACUGGGUAUCCCGUGCUACUCGAUGAUGUCCACCCAUAGUGCAAUGAAAAUGGCUCAGGGAAAGUUGUGCGAGGUUACCAUCGGUUGCAACGAUGAUGCUCAUGCCAAGCUGCUGACCACCGUCCUGCAGACCAAUAACUGCCGGGUUAAUUCUGUAAAUGACGUUGAUGGUGUGGAGCUCUGUGGAACGCUCACGGACGUCAUUGCCCUGGGAGCAGGAUUUGCCGAUGGGCUGCGUCUGGGCGAGAACGCUCGCGUGGCCGCCGUCCACCUGGGCAUCAAGGAGAUGAUGCGGUUUAUCAAGGCGUUCUUUCCGUCCGCCAAAAUGUCCACGUUCUACGAGAGCUGCGGCGUGGCGAACUCAGUGGCCUCGAGCUAUGUCGAUAAAAACGCCACCUUUGCCAAGAGUUUAGUUACCUCGGGAAAAACGAUUGAGGAAAUAGAAGCCUACCUCCACAAGAGCCGCAGGGUAUUAGGACCAAAGGUGGCCAGUGAUGUUAAUGUAUUGUUACAGAGGGAGCUAAUGCAACACGAAUUUCCGCUUUUUACGGCCAUUCAUCUUAUUUGCCAGAGUGAAGCUCCGCCGGACCUUAUGCUGGAAGCACUAAGAAAUCACCCAGAUUUGAGCAAUUCGUCGAUAUCGCAAUUACUAAACCAUGAGAAGGGCGAGCCAAAUAUGGACCUAGUGCUAGAUCAAGUAGCUGACACCCUGCCCAAACUGAGGACCGCCUUAGAUAAGGUAUUGAUCGAGGCCGGAAACGAGAGUUUUAAGCACCUUAAGGUGACGGAAGACUGGACGGAAGUCAACGACUACGACGUUGAAGAGUCGGAUCGGCGACAAGUGGCUCCACAGGAUGAGAUCGAAGAAAUCCCCAAUAAACUGAGUGUCCAAGCCGCCCGGCUCCAUAAUGACAUCCUGGACGGGAAUGUGCAGGUGGCCUUUAAGAUGGACAUUGAUGAAGGCGACCGGCAUGUGCGGCUCUUACUGGAGGAGGACCGAGAUGCUAACAGAACAGGGUCUGCAAUAUCACCCAGAUUGGUUGCAGGCCAAGAGAGUAAUAAUGACAGCAGGGGUCGGGGAAACUUUAUAAACUCUUCCUCUGAGCACAUGGCCAACAGAGGCCCAGAUACGCCUGAUGUUCUGGACAUAAGUUCCGAAUCUGAGCCACUGGAUGAUGUGAAGCCAAAUCCUUCCAAACUUUCAGAGAUGGCAAGUCUGAAAUUAAAAAUCGACGAACAAGAAGCUGCCAAUUUUAAAGCUCAGGAAAAUCUAAUAAAAUCAAUUAGGCAAACUAUUCAGGCCCUGGGUGAUAAAGAAAAAAUGGAAAGUCUAAUCGCUAACAGUCAAAUGAAGGAGGAUGCUUUGCAAAUGAAAAGCCAAGAAGAGGAGGAAUCUUCUCAACUGAGAAGCCAAAUGGAUGAGGAAACCUCUGAACCAGAAACAAAAAUGGUUGAGGAAACUUCCCAACUAAAAAGCCAAAUGGAGGAGGAAUCUUCUCAUAUGACAAGCCAAAUGGAGGGGGAAACUGCUCGCAUAGAGAAUCAAAUGGAGGAGGAACCUUCUCAACUGAAUAGCCAAAUGGAAGAGGAAGCCCUUGAACCCAAAAACCAAAUGGAGGAGGAAACUUCAGAACUGAAAAGCCAAAUGGAGGAGGAAACAUCUCGACUUAAAAACCUGGCAGAUAAAUCCGAAUUGGUUGGACACAACGCUGAGGAAGAGCAAUUUCUUGAAGAACCAACAGACAAACAUCAGUACAAAUUAAAAUCAAAUACUGAAAGCCUUAAAGCGCUUAUGUUUAACGAAUCCGAAGAGCCUUUGGAGAGCGAAAAGCUUGUUGAAAUGAAGCUACAAGACGAACACGAUUUCGAUUUGGACGAGGAGCCAGCCAUAGCAAAAAAAAACCGUACUUACACUAAAGAGAACAUGGAGCUCGAGGAGCUGCUCGAGUGGCAAAAACUAAUGCGACGAGAGAAAGAGUUUUACUCCACAGCAGAACUGGAAGAUCCCACAGCCUGGGAAGACAACUCCAGACUCCCAAUCGAGCAUGAAGAUAGACUUCAGGAUAUGACUAGCAACCAGGAGGCAGAACUCAUUCAAGUACGGGCUGAGAAAAAGGAGGUCAGCGGAGCAGAGGAUGAGAAGCUGUUGAACAAGGUGGACGAUGCCAACUUCCGCUACUACAGCGAAAACAAGGGUACUGAAACUGGUCACUAUGAGUGGGAUUGGCUAAAGAACAAUGAAAAGUUAGAUACCGACGAGAUUAUGACGGAAUUUUCCACCAACGAAAUAGAUGAAACACUCAGCAAAUCUGACCAGGAUAAGCUGGAGAAUCUUACACAUCAACUUAAUGGAGCUUUGCAGCAUGAUUUGGAGGUGCUGUCAGCUAGUCGGGGUGAUGAGUCCAAUGAAGCCCUGUCCGAGGAUUUAGAUCCCGAAGCUGCAAAGAAAAUUACGGAGCAACCCACUCCCACUCAAAUUCCUGCAGUGCCUUUGCCGAUGCCACUACCCAACAAACAGUCGCACAUCCGUGAGGGCACUCCCCAGUUCCAAAAUCCGCCCCGAUCUGUUCCUCCACCUUCGCCUCAAACCAAACCGCCCUCGCCCAAGGAACAGCAGCCCCAUCCCACGACUGCCCCCAUGAAAUUCCAGCACAUGGAUGAAGUCAUUCAGCCGGAGAUGUCAGUUGCGGAUCAGGAGGUCACGAAGAUGUCAGAUUCGGAUCAGAAGGUCCAGGAUGCUAGGAAGGUGUCCAAAAUUGAGCCGUUAACUGAGCAGGUGGCAAAGAAUGUCUCUACGCUAGAGUCACCGAAACUAAAAGAGGAAACUACACCUAAGCAGAGCAGGGCGGAAAUCAAAAGAAGCCAGCAAAGUGACUCCAGUAAACCACCUGGUGAUGCCACACCUACAGAACAACGUAAGACCACGGGAACAACCGAAAAGCAACGGCAAAAUAUAGAAAACCAGAAGGCCCAGCUGGAAAGAAUGGGUAAGAAGAUCAGCGUUAUGCGGAAGGGUCAAGACCGUCGGGUCAGCUACAGGGGAGAAAACCCCUUCAGAGGGCAGCCGGAUCUAGAGUCAAGGCCGCCGAUGGACACCAGCCACGAAAAGGAUAGAGCGAGGGAGUCCCAAGGUCUGGGCCAUCAGCGGCGCAAGGUGGUGGUGACGCCACCCUUCCAUCCUCCUAUCAAUCCUCGAAUGCGAGUGCCACGGCCACCUUUUGAUGGACGGGAUCAUGAGUUCCAUACAAUGAGCAUUAGACCGGUGGGGGAACACCUUGUUUCGGCGGGGAAGUGGCCGCCCAUGCCUACAAAUCUGAGGUCGAAUCGCACCUCCUUGGUGGCCACCAUUCAGGUGAAACAGUUUGGCGCCCUGCCCAGCCAGGGGCAGUCCAUCCCGCGACCCUGGCUGAAGAUUCCCUCGGGAGUGCCCCGCACGCCCACGUUCACAAAGAUCAUUUGCGCCCUGCAGCUGGGACUGCUGGCCACCUACCUGGCUCAGCGAAAAAGGGACUAGUCACUGGAUAAGCAGCUAAAGAUCCAAAGAUUUAACCAACUCUAGCUCGGCGUUUCGAUUCCCCUGAUGCAAGCACUAGCAGCUCUAAUGAAUAUAGAAUACUUUAAUUUUUAUACAAAUAAAGGGUGUUACGUCUUA